AUGCCUUCAAACUGUACUGACAAAUUAAAGGUGUUGGCAUAUGGUCCGUUGCGUGCAUAUUCUUUCACUACGUGCAUAGUAAAUGGUGUUCCAUUUGUCGUGAAUAGCUGUGAUCUCCGAUGCACUACUCUAAAUAGUGGUGAUGUUACAUUCGGAGAAGACGAUACACCAUUCUAUGCAUCGUUUUCGAUUUUUUUAAAUGUCAAGUGGGCUUACGCCGUUGAGAAUAGAUCCGAUAUUCCUUCUAUAAGAAAGACUGCAAACUAUCUCCUUCUCCUCUACCAUGCUACCGCCUUGUGCCAGCCAAUCCUUCUCCUCCCUCUUCUUACUUUGAACUUGGAUCUUCAUAACAAGUAUAAGAUCGAUCAUGGGAAACCUAUUAUGUUUGGUUCAAGUUGUCAUUGUGUGCCUUGGAUUUUUGGAAGGCGGCUUGCUGGACAUCUCACCCUAAGGCUUCGCCAGUUGGAUGUCAAGUGCGAGACCAAAACAAAGGACAAUGUCUUUGUUAAUGUUGUAGCUUCCAUACAGUAUCGUGCUCUGGCUGAUAAGGCAAGUGAAGCAUUCUACAAACUCACCAACACAAGUACCCAAAUCCAGGCCUAUGUUUUUGAUGUUAUAAGAGCUAGUGUUCCAAAGCUUAACCUUGAUGAUGUUUUUGAGCAAAAGAAUGAAAUUGCCAAGGCUGUUGAUCGUGAACUUGAAAAGGCAAUGUCUGCAUACGGGUUUGAGAUUGUUCAAACAUUGAUUGUCGAUAUAGAACCGGAUGAACGUGUGAAGAAAGCAAUGAAUGAGAUCAAUGCAGCUGCACGGAUGAGGUUGGCAGCUAUUGAGAAAGGUGAGGCAGAGAAGAUACUUCAGAUAAAGAGGGCUGAAGGAGAGGCUGAGUCAAAGUAUUUGUCUGGAUUGGGUAUUGCACGGCAAAGACAAGCCAUUGUUGAUGGUUUAAGGGACAGUGUGUUGGGGUUUUCAGUUAAUGUUCCUGGGACAACAGCUAAAGAUGUGAUGGAUAUGGUUUUAGUAACUCAGUAUUUUGACACCAUGAAGGAAAUCGGUGCUGCAUCCAAAUCAUCUGCAGUGUUCAUCCCUCAUGGACCUGGUGCUGUUCGUGAUGUGGCUGCUCAGAUACGCGAUGGACUUCUUAUGGGGAGUGCCACCACUUGA